UACCUUGUGUCAUGUGACCUGUGAGCAGCCAGCUAAUCAGCUUCCCUCAGUCACAGAAGGAUUAAUGGCGUCUGCAGAGAAAGAUAGUGACCACGUUUGCAUGGUGCUUCUUCCUAAUGACCUCUGACACCCUACACCCCUUCAUGGGUGCGGUGUGCUGGGUGCUGCCACUGGAGAAGGAAGGUGAGGAGCUUCUGGAUGAGCGGCCACGCUCGCCCCUACACACUUUCCAGAGAGGUCGGGUGGCGACUCUCCUGUCCAGGAAGUCCUAUGCCAAAGAGGAUGGCCUACAGCCCGGAAGCCCCGCCCACCUGAAUGUGUGUCAACGUGUGCACAGAGUCCUUAAAGAGCUGCUGGACACGGAGAAGUCCUAUGUGAAGGUCUGGUACAGGAAGCAUGCUCUUGAUGCUCCCGUUGAUCCUAAUAACGGUGUGGUCCUGCUGCUCAAACAGGAUCUGGUCUGCUUGUUCGAGGUCUACCUGACUCCUCUACACAAUGAGACCUUCCUCAGUAACGACGAGGUCUGUUCUUCCUCUUCCUCUUCAGAGCAGGUUAGAACCUCAGUGUGUCUCUUCCAGAUGGAGGCUCUGGUGGGCAUCCUUCCUGAGAUGUUGGACUUUCAGCGAGUUUUUCUCCAAACUCUGGAGGACAACAUUACCUCCAGUCCAGACUUGGACUCACCUGAGCAGUUCAAGAAAGUUCUCCUCUCAGUGGGAGCAUCUUUUCUGCACUACGCUGACCACUUUAAGCUCUACAGCAUCUUCUGUGCCAACCACGUCAAAGUCCAGAAGGUUCUGGAGCGAGCCAGGACAGACAGAACCUUCAAACACUUUCUGGACACCAGAAACCUGACCAAGCAGCACUCUUCGUCUCUGGACUCCUUCCUCAUCAAACCUGUUCAAAGAGUUCUCAAGUAUCCGCUUCUGCUGCAUGAACUCAUCAGUCUCACUCGGCCCAAAAGCGCCGAGCACAUCCGACUGACAGAGGCACUGCAGGCCAUGGAGGAGGUGGCCUGUCACAUAAAUGAGGUUAAAAAGUUAUACGAGGACUUUGGACAUGUCUUUCAACAGCUAGCCUCAGACAGUCAGGUGUCCACGGGGGACUUCCUGGUCCACUCUUCGGUGUUGUGGCUCAACCCUCCACCUGGUCUGGGUCGCCUGAAGAAGGAACCAGAACUCACUUUGUUUGUAUUCCAGCGGGCCGUCAUCCUGGCUUACAGCGAUAAGAAGAUGCCCCCCUCACGCUCGCCUCAUCCGGACCUCUCCAGGUUACGCUGGCUAAUACCUGUUCCGGCGCUCCAAGUCAUCCCAGGCUGGGAGGCGUCGUGCAAGUGGCAGUUGAUCCACUACAAGUCUGAGGAGGGAGGAGCCAGAGAGGUGUUCCAGCUGAGCAGCAGAGCUUUGGAGAGCAAGAUGCAGAUAGUGACAAUCCUCCAAAACCUCCUGGCAGACCCAGCUCCCACCGACUCCAUGAGGAGGAGGAACCAGCCCCAGUCGUCCUCCCGUUGGACAAGUCCUGUUGACCAGAAGGACUGUGGUUGGCUGCUAAACUCUCAGGUGACAAGUGUCUUACGCUCGGUGACCAGAGACUUGGAGGCUCACCUGCAGACGCUGACCUUCAGCAGGAAAACGGUGGUGACUGGCAGCUGUGACCAAAGGAGGUCCAGGUCUGAGGUCUUGGACCUAGAGAAAGACUUCAGCGUCCACAGCAUCACAUCCAUGACCAAUGAGGACAUUUUCUACGAGGUGUUGCUAGAAUCUUCGUCUACUGCUGUCCCCGCGCUGCAAGGCUAAUGCUAACAGGCUAACCUCUAAACAAAGAGAGCACAAGCUACCAAGUCAAACUCCUUGUUUUUAAACAAACUUGGCCAAUAAAUCUGAUUCUGAUUAUGAUCGGUGUUUCCACAACAUAGCCCUGUGAUUGGCUGGCAGGGUCUCUGCGGGUUUCAACAACAACAAAAUGAAGACUUUUAAAGACAUUUUCAAGACCAUAAAGAAUACAAUUUAAGACCAUUUAACAUCAAUACUGACAAAAAAGGACAAAGACAUAAAUAAAAAUUGUAUAUAAAUGUAAUCACUGCUCUUUCACAUUGGAUAACAUUUUUUUUAACAUAACUAAGAAAACCAGAAACCUGUGUAGUGUAAACUAUAUCAUUAGAAAAAAAACACAGGCUGUAAAGUGGUUUUCUAAUUACCUGUCCGAUAAAACCCAAUGCAUCCAGUUUGCCGGAUACUCUUCGUCUUUCCUACCUGUUUUAAAUGGUGUACCGCAGGGGACGGCGUGGCGAAGUUGGUAGAGUGGCCGUGCCAGCAAUCGGAGGGUUGCUGGUUACUGGGGUUCAAUCCCCACCUUCUACCAUCCUAGUCACGUUCGUUGUGUCCUUGGGCAAGACACUUCACCCUUGCUCCUGAUGGCUGCUGGCUAGCGCCUUGCAUGGCAGCUCCCGCCAUCAGUGUGUGAA